UAUUCCAAAUAGACCAAUGUGAUCAACAGAAUUGUUUGACAUACGGAAUUGUUUGACAUAUUUUUACGAUUCAGCUAACUGUAUUAUGCUAUUGUUUUGAAAAUCACGCCAUAUUCUCACCUAAAUCUAAUACCAAAAAAAUAUCCAGGGCGUUUUCAUUUAAUGGAAAUAUGAGUGAUCAACAGAAGCAAAACGCGCAUCCUCCAGAAUUUUAUACUUUUUGGGUGCACUGUAAUAUCUGUUACAGAAUGUAUUUUAAAAAGGAAUGUCGUUUCUUUUUACUUGCUUGCAAUCAUGUCGCUUGUGAGAUCUGUUUAGAAGGCCAUUUGCAACAAACCGACGUCUACAAGUGUAACUUGUGCUUAAAAAUAACAAAAGCCUGUGAAAUUGGAAACGCAAUGCCAGCAAACCUUAAAGAAUUGUUUCAUCCGGAGCCCUUCUCAGAUGGUCUGAAUGCUUUCAGAGUUAUGGCAUUCCAAAAUAAGCACCGUCAACGAUAUUUUGCCCAUCAGGAAACAAUGGCUUCCAGACUAGAGGAAUAUCAACGACUUUGCACAGAGGCAAAAACAAAUUGCCAGAAAUUGUACCAAGACUGUGAAAACUUCAGACAUGAGCGGAAGCAUUUGGAAAAUAGAGCCAAACUUAUUCGGCAGCAGAGAAGGCAGAUUGAUGAUAAUAGCUCAAAUAAGACAUCUUCAGUGUCAUCCGAAAAUACAUCCGCUUCUUCUCUCGCGGGCACAGCUAUUACUUCUUUUUCAAAUCUGUCACAAGGAAAUCCUUUUGAUCUGUAGAUUAAACGAUCGUA